UAUUUAUUUAUUUAUUUAUUUAUUUAUGCAUGUAUGCUGAAACCAAAAUUAUAAAGAAAAUUAUUUAUCCAAAACCAGAUCAUUUCAAUUUGGUCAUAGAAUUUGGAUAAAUGUGUAGCCCUUUUUACAUCUGCUAUUAAGAAGGAUUUAUGUGUAUUUUGUCAUAUAUGGAUGACAUUAUAUUCAGAUGUAAAGCUUGUCCACUUCAAACAAGCAUUUGUCUCUAUAGUGUAAUAGUGUAAAUGCUCAUGAAUAGUUAAAUGUGUUCAAAACAGCCACAAAAAAAAGCAUACUGACCUAAUUCUCAAACUGUAUAAUUUCUGAAAUGGCACAGCCAGAUGGAAUUGGAACUUUGCCAUUUAAAAUUGCUAUGUUGCUUCCAUAUUAUGGAGCUAUUACAGGAGAUCCUUAUUCUUUCACAAACCCACACAGUACAGUUACAGUUUUGCUGGUAUCAGUGCAGAAAUGGAAUCUGCAGCUCUCUGUAUUGUUAUCCAUUAACUCCUUUUCAUUUAAAUGUCAAUUAUGCAAGCUUACUUCACAAUAACAGAUCAAAAGAUUGUAAAAAAAGGUCAUCCAUGCAUAUGGUCAUUAACUCUUCCCUCAAGAUAUCUGGAAAGUUGUUGAAUGCUACAUGUUGUAACUUAGAGUAACAAUGCUGUGUGCACAAAUCAGCUUUUAUGUUUGGCAGAUUGGCUAAAUGUGUUCAGAAAUCCCAGUGCAUCUCCAAUGAUUCAUAUUAAUGUUGUUAUGAAUAGUAGCAAUUAUUUAACCAUUAUUUCUGUUUUAUUCAAAUCAUAGCAUGGCAUAAAACAGCUAUACACUGUCAUUUCCCACAUAACGUCCCACUCAAGUCAACGUCGGAGUAAAUUUUGGUGACAUUUGGCCAAACUGGAGGAACAACUGUGACAUUUGUGUGAAGGAGGUAUUGUGUUGAAAACACAUUACAUCCAAUGAACCAACAAGAGGAAACAUUUCCAGGUCAUGAUGGUCAUGUUCAGGCUCGCAUUUUAGAACAUGCCUGAAAAACCUGGAAAAGCAAUGUUUCGGGAUGCACAUACUGUGAAUUUGAGAGUAAACCAUAUUGGAAAUGCUUACCAAUGCUGAUUUACCGAAUGCUGAUAUAAAAGUCUGCCAUAUUUCAAAAGUAUGUGCAUUUUAUAAAUAGCAAUUCAAAUUUGGAUGUGUGAUUUAGAUGUUUUGACUUUGCAAUGUCUUUAAUAAACUAAAGAACAAAAAUAGCUCACAAUAGUCUUACUCAUGGGGUUAUGUUCUUAUGUGAGACCUAUAUGUGUAUUUGCGUGUCGAUAGUUUUGUGUCAGUUACAUUCAUUUUUGGUCUGAGAUGUCUAGAUUUACACAAAUGCCAAUAGUGAUACAUUUCUUUUUAAAAAUGUGGGACAAAAACCAUGGUUUAGACGAUCAUGCAUCAUAACUCCAUUCAAAAUAAAGUGGAUAAUUGCACCAUCACAUGUAGCGUGUUGUUUUCUUUCAAUGAAAAUAUAUUAAACACAAACUGCUGCAGAAAUGUUUUCUUCUCUGCUUGAUUUGGGAGUUUCACAAAUUCUGCCAUUUAGAGAGCCCGACGUGAAGAGAGUGGGUGAAUGAGACAGUGCAGCUUCAGAUGAGAAGAAUGGAGGGAAUGUAAGUCUAGUACCCACCAUUUCCUGACACACUCGUCCCCCUUCAUUCCCUCGCUUCUCUCUGCUAGUAAACAGACCGCAGGAUCACAGGUCAGUAAUAUAUUUUUGCAGAAUUUAAUGCAUUUACUGUAUGCCACUGAUAGAAUCAAAUACUCGAUCUACAGUGGACGUUUUGGCUUUAAAAUAGAUUUUGUAAUUUGUGUUGCAUGCUCAAACAUUUUCAUGACACUUUAUAGGCUGCAUCUUAACCUGCAAUGAACCCAAGGGAGUCUAAUUCAACUGUAAAUGCCUUACCUACAGGAUCUCCACUAGCCUCUUUGUCCUCAGCGACACUUUCUCCAUGUCUUGGUUCCCCUUCUCAUCUCUCACCCUCUUCUCCCUCUCAUCCCUCACCUUCAUCCACUUCUCCGUCUCGUCUCAGUCCAUCCUCUCAAUAUAUUUCUUCUUACUCUCCUGUUCGUUUGUCUCCAUGUCCCACAUGUGACUCACCCACUAGAGUCUCCCCCAGUCCUGCACCUCUCUCGCCAUCGAUCGUCUUAAAAAAGCCCAUCCACAUCCCUCCCUUCAGCCUGGAUAAUCAGAACCAGUUACAUUCUUCUUCGAGCAGCAUUAUCAGUACAGUGGAUACAUCCCUGGACUCACCACCACUAAAGUCAGUCAAAGCUAUUCCUUAUUUAGAAACCAUAAAGAAACCAUUACAAUCUGCUGAUAUGUGUGUGAAAACAUGGCCAAGAAGCAGCAAAAUAUCCAGAUUUAUGCCCGUUUCAUCAACUGAAAGAAGCGUCAAAUCAAUCCCCAUUACCAAUACAACAAAACCAAGAAAACAAUGUGGCCAACAGCGAGAUUCAUUCAGACCUCAACAGCCUGAAAAACUACAGCAAAAUUAUAACAUCUGCUCCAGGGGAGAGACAACAUUUGAAAGCUUAAGCCCUAAAAACCUUAGGCAUGUUGAAAAAAGUGCAAACAUAGGACAAAAUGUUGCUAGCUACCAAAAGAAACGCCAAUCCCAGGACCCAACUCUAGUCCGAAUCCGGCUUGGAUUGAUUAAAACAGGGAGGAUUAUAAACUCCGGUGCCCAGUUUUCUAAUCUGGAAAAGAUCAAGGGAAGCGGUGAAGAGAACAAACUGAAAAAUCAAAGCAAUGGACAUCCUGCUGGUUUGGAAAAGCCAGUUCAUCCAAAGAUAAUGCUAGGGGAGGCCAAGCAGAAAAUAAGACCUACUAUGAUAUGUCAGAAAGCGCAAAACCACCCACAAGCCUCAGCUGAAAGAAAAAGCCAACAUUUAAAACAAACAACAAAUCUAAUCUCAUCACCUAAAGCUACCAUAAACCAAAGGGAUAUUUUUCAAGAACCGUACUAUCAACGUUUUCCGAAGGAAUGCAAUGAACUGGUUUCAAAAAGCUCAUCAACAAGGCAAAAUAUAGAUUCAGAGGACUGUAACACCACAAAUGAUAGCUCUAAUGAAAGCAAUAUGAUAAUCAACACCUCUCAAUGCAGUCCAAGCAGUGUCAUUGACAACCAAAAGCCUGAAUCUGAGAUUAGGUCUCAGUCUGCAACUUCCGAGACCUCCAUCAACACAUCCCAUUACAAUAAUGCAUCGAAUCAGUGCAGCCGGAUGAACUGCUUCCAUUUCCCUUUGAAGAGUCCCAGAUCAUCCAAUGAAUGCGCUCAACUGAGUCGACUCUGUAAACCUGUGAUCAAAAGAACAUCUGACAGUAGACCUACAUACUUCAAAACUCCUCAGGCAUGGAGAAGAUCUUCCUCAAACCAAACAGGGAACGCAAGCAAACCAUCCCAAAAUAGAUGCAACACUUCAGAUACAGAUUCUUCUAAAUCUUCUUCAAGCGAAGCAACUUUGCGUGAAGAUUACAGAUUUGCAAAGAGAUAUAGAGGUACGCGGUUACACAAAAGUUGUAAUCCAGCUAAAUUUAUUGGAGGGAAACAUGAUGUAGCUGUUCACACAGACAGCCCAACCAUACACACAAACUCUGAAACCCUCAAACCUUCCAUGCAUGAAUUUUUGCCGCAGUGUCUAAUCACUCUGAAUCAACUGCAAGAGUCCAAACACACACUUCAUGCUAAAGACUGUGACAGAUUGGGAGGCAUAAACUGUGCGCAGUUAAGAGAGCAAGAAGGCCCCCCACCAUUACAGCCAUCUGUAGUCCCAGACAUGGGGAGUGGAGCUGACGUCGAGUCCUGUUCUGUAGAAUGUGUGUUUACAGCCUAG